GAAAGUGAAAAUCUGGAUGCUUGCAGAAUUGAUGUAUAUUUUGAAGAAAUUCUUGAUUUGAUAAUUAUGAGAUUCUACUUCAAUCUCAAUUGGUUAUCUUAUGCUGAAGUUACAAGUUUUUUAAAGAUAGGAGAGAUCGAUUUUGAUAAUAAACGAUUUCUAAUUUUGCAGGGAGUUGAAUUUUUAUCACAAAUGAAACCCAAAGUACCAAAUAAGCAUGAAGAUAGACAUAAGAAUAUAUUGAAGAUAUUAUCGAAACUUCUAAUAUAA